AUGAAUUUGAAAUUCGAUCUAAAUUGGGAUGAAUUUUAUUCGGAACAAAACGAUAGUUACUAUUCAGGAAGCUUUUCAAGCUCCCAUAGUUAUUACAUUGUUGAAAUAACAUCUACACAAAAUUCGAGAUUCAUCGAUUUCUCUAAUUCAGAUGUAUCAAACAUUAAAAUACUUAUCGAAUCAUCAUUAUUCCAUUCAAAUCAUAUAGGUUAUUCCGAAACUUCUAAUUAUUAUGAUGGAUGUGGUGGAAAUCUCUUUAUUUAUUCCAAAGUAGAUUUUGUUCAAAACAAAACAUGUUCUUCUAACUGUUCUUCAAGUAAUUUUGGACAACAUUGCUAUAUAUGGAUUGAUGCAGAAACUGAUCCAUUCAAAAAUUAUAACUAUCUUUCUUCAUAUUCCGAUUUAGGUCAAACAGGAGUUGGAUUUUCACCAAUUUGUCAUAAUAGAGGAGAAGUUAUAAUUCAUAAUACAAACUUAUCAAAUUGUAGAACUAACCAAUAUUGCGGAAUUUUAAUUGAAUUACCACGUUUUCCAGGAAAUAUUUCACAAUCAUCAUUCACAAACAAUUCAGCAACAUCUAAAAAUUGCAUUUAUUUUACUGGAUAUGAAUCAUUUUCAUAUAUCAAAACCAAUUUUUUGAAUAAUUCAGUAUCAGAUCAAUUAUUUUAUACAGUUAAUCAUGAUUUAACUAUAAAAGAAUGCAUCAUUAAAAACAAUUCAGCAAAAAACACAUUUUCUUCGUAUAGUCCUUAUACAAUUCAUAUAAUACACAGUUUCAUUGAAACAAGCGGAUCCACAACUAGUAUAAACACAGAAUUAUCAUCAACACAAGAGUUUGAAAACAUUUUCUCUGUUUAUCUUUCAAGUGAAUGCUGUUGUAAGUAUAUCAAUGCUGAAGAUGGUAAAUUUAACUGUGUUAAAGCUCUCAUUACUCUUUCUAAUUGCAUAUCAAGUUCCAGUUUCGAACAAAGCAUUGCAGAAGCUUUUGCAACCUAA